GGGGGGACCGGGGGGUGUCGGAGCCUCGUCGUUCUCCCCGCGGGGCGGCAGCGGCGGGCUCUGUGUCCUGCCCCGGGGCCCGCGGGCCUUGGGGCGCCGGUAACGUCGCCUGUCCGUCUCGUCCGGCGGCAGGGCCGCGUUCCGGCGCGCUGAGGCGACCCGGGGCCGCGGCUUUGUGCGUGCGGGGGGCUUUCCUUGUUCUUCGCGGGUCUUUCUCAAAGCCCCUCACUGCUCAGGAGGCACGUGAGGGCUCUGCAGCCGGUUCGCUCGGAGCACGCUGGAAUUUUCCUACGUGAAGCGCAGUCAUGGCAGAUCAAGAGUACGUCCUUUGCAUGUGGAAGAAGCGAUUAUGGCCAGCAAAGGUUUUGUCCAAAACUGGAGUGGCUAGGAAAACAUCCCUUACUGAAGCAAAGGAGACUUUUAAAGUUGAAAUACUUGGCUUGAAAGAACAGAUUUGUGUGAACCGCGCGGAUGCUGUACCGCUGGAGGAGGAACAGAUAGAAAACAUCGCCUCUACCUUAGAUGAAAAUCAUGAUUCGAGCAAGGUCGUGGAAGAACUGAAAUAUCGCUGUUCUCUUAAAAUUGCCCUGGAUAUUUUGAACCAAAACUCCUCGCCCAGACAAGAACCACCUUCGGAAGAGGGACCAAGUACUCAGUUAUCCCAGGGGAGCAGUGCAGGAUCGCUCUCCUCUACCCCCUUGCGUCGAUGCCGGUCGCUCUGUCACUCGAAGGAAAAGCUGGAGCCUGAGAUUUCCAAGAAGAAAAGAGAAGAAAAAAAUAACCCCAGCCGGAAGACGGACACAAAAAAACAAGCCCAGAAAGGUUCUUUCCUUUUGGAGGAGAGCGCUAAAGCACAUGGAAGUGGAACAGGCCCUUCCAAAUGCGAUGCAGGGGACCUGCGUGAUGCACCGAACUCAGAUGGUCAAAACUGCAAAUCACCAGAACCGAAACCGCUACCGAGACAGAAAAAAACCAAGCCCGGGUCGUUGACAAAGUCCAAACCAGGAAGUAAAGUCUCCCUUAAGGCCAAGGAAGAGAAAAGUAAGCAAGGAAGUAGAAGGCCAGGGGGUGCAGGAUCACCCGUACCGUGUAGGAGUGACUCCCCCGAGGACCAAGCGCAGCCCCUUGCGGAGGAGGGGGCUCCUCUGCCCGUCCCCCCCAGGUCUGGCGCAGCGGUGCCUCUCAGAAGGGUGAGCGUCAGGAGUCAACCCGUGAGGACAUUACUGGAUUCCUCUUGUAAAAGUGCCUCGGAAGCCUUGGAAGAAAGCAUCAGCAGUGAGAGCGAAAGUCUAGCAAAGCAAUUAGGUGGAAGAAAAAAGCCAGCGAGCCUAAAGCAGGUUAAUGGAGAGCAAGAGAUCGGUGCGGCCCCGUCCUCCUACAGAAAGAGGAAUUGCGGGAAUUACCCCGAAUCUUCAUCUGGGCCCUCUAACCAUGGGACGCUUUCUGAUAGCUUCCCUGCCCAGCCUCAAGAGGAGGAAGAUAAGAAUACUUCACACGUGGCUAUGAAUAAAAUAAAGCAGUUCCAGCUGCCUGACUUUGAGGAUGAUGAAGGGCUGGAAUUCGCUGACCCGACUUCAGAGAGAGUUUCCUCGGAGAGUCUCUAUCGCCUCUCGGCUCUGGCAGAUGAAGAGGAGGAGGAUGAAGAACUUCCUAGUAUUUUAUUACAUCAAGAACCGCAGUCGAUUGAAGAAGGGAAUUUGGUCUGGUGCAAAUUGAGAAGGUAUCCGUAUUGGCCAGCAGUGGUGAAGAGCAUAAGGCGGAAGCACAAAAAGGCAUAUGUGCUGUUAAUAGAAAGGAAUGUAAAUGACAAGAGAAAAGGCUUCUCAAUAGCCCUUAAGAAUCUGAAGCACUUUGAUUGUGAAGAAAGGCAGGACCUCAUAGAACAAGCCAAAGAAGAUUAUCGCCAGGAAAUCGAGUGGUGUAUUCGAUUGAUUUCUGACUAUCGGAUUAGAAUAGGCUGCCAUUCUUUUACGGGAUCCUUCCUGGAAUAUUUUGCUGCUGAUAUCAGCUACCCAGUUAGAAGGGAAAGCUGCCAAGGCUUCGCCCAGAUGAGCUUUCCAGAUGUGGCCAAGGAGGAUGAUGAAGACUCUCCAUUAGAAACCUCACUUCAGAAGCCCUCCAGGAAACUCCUUCCUGACAGAACAAGAGCCGCUAGAGAUAAAGCGAAUAAAAAGAUAGUGGAGUUCAUAGUGAAGACCAAGGGGGCCGAAGAGCAUCUUUUGGCUAUUCUGAAAAGCAGAAAACAAUCCCGCUGGCUGAAGGAGUUCCUCAACUCGAGUCAGUACGUGACCUGCAUUGAAACGUAUCUGGAGGAUGAAGAACAACUGGACCUCGUGGUGAACUACUUGAAGGAAGUCUAUCAUGAAAUAGACACUAAAAAUCUGCAGCAAAUAAACGGAGAUGGAGUGAAAUUUAUAUCGGAUGUCCUUUUGCCUGAAGCCAUCAUUUAUGCGAUUUCUGCUGUGGAUGACAUCGAUUACAAGAAGGCUGAAGAGAAAUACAUAAAAGGACCAUCUGUGAGCAAAAGGGAAAGAGAAAUAUUUGAUGAAGAAAUUCUGGAAAGGAAGAAGUGGAAGGCCCAUGGAAGACCAAACUAGCACCUGCAGGUGGCGGCUGAGCAGUGGAACCAACCCCCCCCCCCCCAGGUUAUCCUGACACUGAGCAUGUCAUGAAGCAGUGAUUUGCAUAAAAUAUCUGAUUCUCGCUUUGUAAAAUCAUGUCUGUAUCUGCAACAGAUGUAGUCGUUCUAACGCCGCGCUACUGUCGGAUAUCCUUGUAUCUUCAGUCCCUGCAGACUGCAGGUGGUUUGCAGAGCUCCUGGGUAUAACACUAUGUUUUGUGUGAAUUUCCUUGGCCAAAGACCUGACACAGGAAGAGCCGUUGUCCUCGGAAGAACGUGUGCUGGUAAAUGAUGUGGCUGCGUAUUGCCUGAUGGCUCCGCAGUGCACGCAGGUUCCCUGUCUGAAAAUGCUUCCAGCGCGUCGACUGCGCUUGCUUGACGGGUCUCUCAAAGGGUGGGAAGCAAAAGUCUGUUACGGAACGAUGCGACGUGAAUGACAAAGGCUUUGGUUUUGCGGAUGGGAUAACUGUCACAUUCGGUGGGGGAGGAAUCCAAUGUUUGCUUAAUCUAAACUCCGUUCACUUUUCCAGUUAAAAGUAAAACCAUUCUGAGUGCUGUGACGUCAGGAACGCUUCCCAUCGCCUUUGUCUGAUUGAAAUAUCCCGUUUGAUCGUGCGUAGGUCCCUCUCCCGGCCUUUGCUGAAUGCGUAGCAGAUUGUGAACUGCCUUUGGGAGACUCACGGCGUUACCCAUAUCAUUAUUAUUGAAUAGUCAACGGCCCUGUGAUGACUAUUUCUCUGUAUUUUAAUGACAGCGUGUUCUACUCACCCAGUAGAAACCAGCAUGAUCUGAAAUUAAGAUGUUUAAACUGGGAUACGGAUCUGUGCUCUGGCUGUAGUGACCGUCUGAAUAUAUUUUAAUUACACUUUUAAUUAUUCUGUACUCUAUAUUGAGGCUCCACAUGCAUUUGGAAUCCUUAUUCUCGUUACCCGAGGGCCACCACAACCACCUCAACCAGGCCCGCGAUGGGUAUUUAACUGCCCUGUUCUUUAUUUUUCACCGAAACCCGGGAGAAGGGAGGAUGCCUUUUCCGCGAGGGUAUGAAAACGUGAGGCCGAGCGGGUGCCGUUGGCUCCGGAGCCGCGAGCGGCGCUUGCCGAGGGAGCUGUCUUCGGUCACCCGCCGCUGCAGAAGGCUCCGGCGCGAGGCCCCGGGUGCUGCCGCGGGCGCCCUUCCCGCGGUGGCGUGUCCUCGGGCUCCCUCUCCUCUGAAACGGAAACACUCGGGAAACCUCCACAUCUCCUCAAAACGGCUUUUGAGCCAGAUGUUAGAGGUUACUUGCAGUACGUGUCGCACCUGGAGACCAAAUUCAGCCUCGCCGCGUACAGAAUUACGUGGUCUUAAUUAAAGUUGGAUGGCGUCAAUCACCAAA